AUGCAUCCUACAGUUGAAGGAAAAGCUGAAAAACCAUCGAGAAAACGAUAUUCUGAGACGUCUCAUGAAUCUUUCACAUUAUAUUCAUUGGGCACAAAUGGGGGGCCAUUAGAGUCAGGUUGUAGUGCUCAUCUUUUGUCGGAUGGGACAUUUAAGGAGAUCGUCUCAAUCGACGGAGGAGGACAUCUUUCUGCAUUGGCGGAGUUGAUAGAAAAAAAACUACUGACAGUCGACAUUGAUGAGCAGAACUUCCAGUUUGCAGGAGAAGGAACACCUCUUAACAGUAUAUAUGCAAAAGCGUGGUUGUUUUCCGAGCAGCGUAUUAAAACUUUCUUAAUUUCACACUGCCAUUUAGAUCAUAUAUACGCUUGCGUUAUUAACAGUGCAAUGUUUGGUCCACAAAAUCCGAGAACAAUCGUGGGCUUGGAAUACGUGAUCGAUACCCUUAAAAAGCAUAUAUUCAAUAACCAAGUGUGGCCUGCGUUAGAUAAAGCUGGUUUUAUAAAUUUCAAGAUAAUCAAUGAAGCCACGUAUACCAACAUAACCUCUACCUUGUCUGUAUUACCUUUUCCCGUGAACCAUGGCUCAUCGUUUGGACAUGAAUUGAAGUCGUCGGCAUUUCUCAUUCGCAACAUGUUAUCCGACCGGUAUUUCGUAGCCUUUGGGGACGUAGAGCCAGAUAGAGUAGCAUCAGAUUCGCUUAAUAUCUAUAUAUGGAGAGUCUGUGCUGAACUCAUUGCUAAAAAGAAGCUAUCCCAUAUAUUAAUUGAAUGCUCUACUCCCGAUAUAUCUGAUGCCUUACUGUUUGGCCAUUUCUGUCCUCGGCAUCUAGUGGAUGAGCUUUGCUCGCUUCGGUCUUUUGUUAAUGAGCUAGGUGAAAGUAUGGAUAAUGUCACUGUAUUAAUAACUCACUUGAAAUCUCAUCCUCUUGAGGUAAUCGAUCCUGAAGUCGUCAUCGUGGAGCAGCUUGAAGCUUUGAGUAAAGCAUGUUCCUUGCCCGUUAAAUUUAAAAUAGUCAAACGAGGACAGUUUUAUAGAUUUUCCUGA